UGCAAUUUAGAAAUUCACUACAACUGUUGAAGAUUUCGCGCAAGAACUACUCUAUAACAGUUUCUUUACGAUAGUUGAGUACCCAACAUCACGGCGCUUCCUCGUCAUCUCCACCAUCGGUGUCAGUUUCUUCAGCAAGUGUCGUGCGUAGAAUAAUUGCGCGAAAAAAUGUGGAAGAUCCGCGAAAUUAAAUUUUGAAAACUUAUCGGAACUUGAUCUCGGUUAAAUUACAUGUUGUGUAUUAGUGGCGAAAGAGGAUACUGCAAGAGGAAGCUUUAAAAACAUUUUGUAAUUCGCAACCAAUGUCUUGCUGAUUCAACUAAUUCAAAAUAAAACGCCAUGGAUUUUGUUACGAGGUGGCGACCCCUUCUCGUCUUAGGCGUAGGGCUGGCGCUUUUCCACACAUGUCAAUGCGACGAAACCACCGAAGUAGAGUAUAGUGUUAGCAGUAGUACUAGCGUCGAACAAGCGAAAAACAGCACGGACGGCUUUCCGGAGCCCGCGGCUCUGGUGGACCAAAACGCCAACCACACCAGAGAGGCCCUCACGCGCGAUGCCAGCGACCACGAAUCCGUGGUGUUCAUUGGCGACACCGCCGGAUACGUCCCGAUCCCCAAUUUGCGCACCCGGGACUUCCCCUCGGCGCCCGACGACGUGGAUUGGCACCAUCCGGUCGAAAGCUGGGACAGGGAGUAUCGGCGUUUCCGGUUCAACACCACGCGGGUCCAACAUAUCGAAGCCGAAUGCCAGGACGACUACAUGAAGAUCAGGAUAGGGUUCAAUGGGACCUUCACGGGGCUGGUCUACUCCGCAGGCUACGCUUACGACCCCGAUUGCAUGUACAUAAACGGCACAGGCCGGGAUUAUUACGAAUUUUACAUUCAAUUGAACCGUUGCGGCACUUUGGGGAAAAACACGCAUAAUGAAGAUAAUCGGAAGACUCCUACGAAAAAUUUCAUGUGGAACACCGUGACGGUGCAAUACAACCCGCUGAUCGAGGAAGAAUACGACGAACACUUCAAAGUGACGUGCGAAUACGGCUACGAUUUUUGGAAGACAGUUACAUUUCCGUUCCUAGAUGUUGAAGUGGCGACUGGAAAUCCGGUGGUGUUCACUCUCACACCUCCGGAAUGCUACAUGGAAAUCCGGUACGGUUACGGAACCGGCGGUAAUAGAGUCACCGGACCGGUCCGGGUGGGCGAUCCUUUGACCCUCAUCAUCUACAUGCGGAGCAAAUACGACGGGUUUGAUAUCGUGGUAAACGACUGCUUCGCACAUAACGGGGGCCACAAGAAAAUCCAACUCAUCGACGAGUACGGAUGUCCGGUCGACGAUAAGCUGAUUUCGCGAUUUCGGGGCUCGUGGUCAGAGACCGGAGUUUACGAAACGCAGGUUUUCGCUUACAUGAAGACGUUCCGGUUUACCGGAUCCCCGGCGCUUUACAUCGAAUGUGACGUCAGAAUGUGCCACGGAAGGUGUCCGAGCCAACCGUGCCACUGGCGAAACGUGAAAAACGUCAGGAAACGUUCGGUGGACUCGAGCCCCCAGACCACCACUUUGCCCGCAAACAUCGCCCCCUUGUCGGAAAAUGUGAACCUGUUCCAGUCUUUGCGGGUGCUACAGGAGAGCGAAUCGGAAGAAAACCGAAACGUCACGCUGACUCGUUACGAAGUGGACCCGAAUAGUGUUUGUUUGAAAACCGGCUGGUUCUCCGCACUCCUAGCACUGGGCGGCGGCGCGAUGUGUCUCCUGGGGGGCGCCCUUUUAGCCACUUGCACCCGAAUGAGAAGAGUUGCCAUAGAUAAAGUAUUAGCAGGUUCCCAGUUUAACGGUUACAUGAACCACAAGGGCAGUAUUAAUUAAAUCAAAUAGACUAAUUAACAGUGCAAUUAUUAAAAAAGCUUUAUUUUUAUAACGCAUUUACGAACAGUGAGUGAUUAUGAAACGUAUUAUUAAAUUAAGUAACUAAUUAAUAAAAACACUCAUUAAUUUAUUUUACCUAAGGAUUAGCAAACAAGCACUAGAAUAAUGUAUGUUAGUGAAGUUUCUCUUAGUUUUAGCAAAAAUAAAUACACAUCCAUGGAGGAUUAGUUUAAAAAAUGCGUAAACUUCUUCUUCUGCAUGUGUAUUAUUAAGUGUGCGUUACAUCGCCAGACAUGUAUCGAACACUUCCAAACUGUACAUAAACACUUAGUUUUAGUCCGCAAUAAACUUUUGGAAAUUUUGAACAA